UCGAAGAGUGGAGUCUUCUUCUUCUUCGUCCUUGCCUCUGAGCCGCGUUAUCUCUGCAACAACAACAAAGCUGAGUCUUCUUUUUCCUCCGUUCUCCUCCUCUUCGACCUAUCUCGCUUCCGCAACAACCCUCCUACGGCUUCGUCUCAAAGCAGUCUCGUUGAUAUGUAUGGGAAAUGCGGAGAGUUGGGGACCGCGAGGUAUCUGUUCGACGAAAUGCCUUAGAGAAGCUUGGUUUAUUGGAAUUCGAUUAUUACUGGGAGGUUAUAAUGUACCAAGAAGGGUUCGUGAAGUAAUAGCACACUUGGCUUGCCGUCUUUCUCGAUGGGAUUAUAGGCUAUUCCGUAAAUCCAUAUUUGGUGCAGCCGAUGAAAUUGAACUGAAGUUUAUGAACAGGAGAAACCAUGAGGAUGUAAAUCUCUUCAGUAUCAUUCUCAACCAAGAGAUUAGAAAAUUAUCAAGACAGGUCAUCAGAGUGAAGUGGUCACUACACGCAAGAGAGGAGAUAAUCUUUAAGCUAGUCCAGCACCUGAGGGAAAACGUAGCUCGCCAAUUGCUGGAAGGUUUGAGGAAAAACACAAGGGAAAUGCUGGAGGAACAAGAAGCAGUCUGUGGACGUCUAUUUACAAUUCAAGAUGUCAUGCAAAGUAGUGUCCGUGCUUGGUUACAGGUAUUUCGAGAGAACACCAAACUGCUAGACAAUGGUCGAGCUGCUUAACUUCAAAGUAAGAUAAAAACGAUUAUGUACCAAAUUAUGUGUCGAUAAGUUCGUCAGCUGCUAAGUUUCCCAGAUUCAAUGUCCAUAAGAACAAAAUAUAUUUUUAGC